UUUUCAGGACCAACCAAUCAACCCUAAAAGAUUUUACCUAUGGCUGUUCCGGAGUGCUCUUUCCUAUUCUAUUUUACGAACUCAUCGAUCUUCAUUGAAUCAAACCACAAAGGAGUUUGAACUUUUUCUUUGCUAUAUUCAUGGCGGCUCAAUGUCGUUUCUUAUAAGAAAUCCCACCCAGUUCUCACUCUUCCUCAGCCGUUUUCCGCCCUCUCAACCCAUCUCGUCGUUCCCAGAUGACCACCUUCGCCGAUGCUCCUCCACCAAGCUAUGCUCUGUCGACAAUGGACACAGAACGAGACCACAAAGACGACGCCGUCGAGGACAAGUCGAGUUUCCUUGUGGUAGCUCUCUGUCCCUGCUUGGUCUGUUUCAUUCUUCUCGUUUUUAUAAUUUUUAUCGUUCUUAUCGUCAAAUUCCAUUUCCUUUGCCACACCCCGCUUCAUUCUCUACUCUACAAGAAAAAAUGUUGAUACCCAUUUGGAAAAUCUCAUAUAGGAGACCUUUUCCGAUGGUUUAUAGUAGUUUAAGGGAGAAUUUGGUCGAUUUUGAUUAUAGCUACAGGGGAUUUUCUAAUGUUUGUGGUAGUGAAGCUGGGGAUGAUUCUCGGGCUGAUGUUGAGCAUUUUGAUGAUGGUGAUGAGAUGGAUGAGAAUGAGGACGUUUUGGUUGAAUCGGGUGCGGAUCCUAAGGAAGUUGAUUGUGUCUGCAAGGUGAUCGACGAAUUGUUUGAACUAGAUCGGAAUAUGGAAGCGGUUCUUGAUGAGCGUGGGGUUUGUUUGUCACAUGAUUUGGUUGUAGAUGUGUUGGAACGGUUUAAACAUGCCCGGAAGCCGGCGUUUAGAUUCUUUUCCUGGGCUGGGUGCAAGCCAGAAUUUGCCCAUGAUUCGAGGACUUAUAAUGCAAUGAUGAAUAUACUGGGGAAGACUAGACAGUUUGAGACUAUGGUGUCUAUGCUGGAAGAAAUGGGAGGGAAAGGAUUGUUAACAAUGGAGACUUUUAUGAUUGCCAUUAAGGCUUUUGCCUCUGCUAAGGAGAGGAAAAAGGCGGUUGGGAUGUUCGAGUUGAUGAAGAAGUACAAGUUUAAAGUUGGAGUGAACACUAUUAAUUGCUUGCUUGAUACACUCGGAAGAGCCAAGCUUGGAAAAGAAGCACAGGCACUUUUUGAGAAAUUGAAAGGGAGGUUUACUCCAAAUUUACAUACUUAUACCGUACUGCUUAAUGGAUGGUGCAGGCUGAAGAAUUUAAUAGAGGCCGGAAGGUUGUGGAAUGCGAUGAUUGAUCUGGGUUUUAAGCCUGAUAUUGUUGCUCAUAAUGUCAUGCUAGAGGGGCUGUUGAGAAGUAGGAAGAGGUCUGAUGCAAUCAAGUUGUUUGAGGUCAUGAAGGCCAAGGGCCCUAGGCCUAACGUGAGGAGCUAUACAAUUUUGAUUCGGGAAUUUAGCAAGCAAGGAAAGAUGAGGGAAGCAGUUGCAUAUUUUGAUGAUUUGAUUGAAUCUGAAAGCCAGCCUGAUACUGCUGUCUACACAUGCUUGAUUACAGGAUUUGGAAAUCUGAAAAAUAUGGACAUGGUCUAUGAAUUGUUGAAAGAGAUGAAGGAGAAAGGUUGCACACCUGAUGGAAGAUUCUACAAUGCCUUGAUCAAAUUGAUGACCAGCCGGAAAAUGCCCGAUGAUGCAGUGGGGGUAUACAAGAGAAUGGUACAGAGUGGUAUUAAACCAUCAAUUCACACUUAUAACAUGAUUAUGAAGUCUUAUUUUAUAACAAGAAAUUUCGAAAUGGGUCAAUCUGUGUGGGAUGAGAUGAUUCAAAAGGGGUUUUGCCCUGAUUGUAAUUCCUAUACUGUUUUCAUUGGAGGGUUUAUAAGACAGGGAAGAUCUGGAGAGGCAUGUAAAUAUUUGGAAGAAAUGUUAGAAAAAGGAAUGAAAGCUCCUCAGCUCGAUUACAACAAGUUUGCGGCCGAUUUCUCAAGAGCAGGGAAGCCUGACAUACUUGAAGAAUUGGCUCAGAAAAUGAAGUUCGCAGGCAAGUUUGAAGUUUCAAAUGUGCUUGCAAGGUGGGCUGAGAUGAUGAGGAAAAGGGUUAAGAGAAGAGAUCCUAUUAAAGUUGGUAGCAAGUGUAUCUAAGUUAUUUGUCCGAAGCUAAUGAUUUUUCUCGUUGUAAGCAGAUGAGCAGUAGUUUGAAAGCAGAUUUGUAUACUUUAGAACUUGUGAAAUGUAAACCAUUGCCAAUUUUUUCAAUUAGUAUUUCAAAUUUGUUCCAA